AGGGCGGGCCCAGAUGCAAAGGCAGAGAUAAUUCUCCCUGCACUGGCUGAGCGGGGCAAGGUUAGAAGGCAAGACGGCGGAGUGGACUGCUGCAGAGUGGGCGAAACCUCAGCCCGCUUCCCGGGAGACCACUUCUUCUUUGUCACAGUGGCCGUAAUACACACGUGCAAUUACAAAGCAGAAGAUACCGGAACUUCCCACGCCGAUUCUCCUCUGCAGCCGAUCAAACCUCAGACAAAAUGUCCUCAUCGGCCAUUCCGUUCAGAGGCCAGAAGUACUCUGAGCUGAAGCAGGCUUGCAUAAAAGAUCAGAAGUGGUUUGAGGAUCCAGAAUUCCCAGCUUCAAAAAAAUCCCUCUUCUGCAAAGGAUCACCGCCAGGAGUCGUGGUGUGGAAGCGGCCAGGGGAAAUCUGUGAGAAGCCUCGACUCUUUGUAGAAGGAAUCAGCUCCCACGACCUGAACCAGGGCAUGCUGGGUAACUGCUGGUUUGUUGCUGCAUGUUCCUGCUUGGCAAUCAAACCACAUCUGUGGAAGAAGGUGAUUCCUGAUUGGAAAGGGCAGGAGUGGAACCCGAAGCUUCCCCAGAACUAUGCUGGCAUCUUCCACUUCCAGUUCUGGAUCUUCGGCGAGUGGCUGGACGUGGUGGUAGAUGAUCGGCUGCCCACCAUCGAUGGAAAGCUUGUGUACUGUCACUCCACCAGCAAGAAUGAGUUCUGGAGCGCCCUGCUGGAGAAAGCUUACGCCAAGCUCUUCCUGUGCUACGAGAACCUGGACGGCGGGCUGGCAGCUGACGCGGUGAUGGACUUCUGCGGCGCCAUGUCCGAAUUCAUCGACCUGAAGGCCAGGAAGUACCGAUCUGAUGUGGCCCAAGACACGCUCUUCCAGUACCUGAGCAAAGUGCACAACAGGGAUGGAAUCAUCAGUUCCUCUAUCAGGGCAUCCCAGUCGGAGAGAGAGGCCCGCAUGAACUGCGGCCUGGUCAAAGGUCACGCCUACGGGCUCACGGGGUUAAGGAGGACACAGCUGGGCAAGCAGAAGUUCCUCAUGGUCCGCCUGCGGAACCCCUGGGGGAAUACGGAGUGGACGGGCGCCUGGUGUGACGGCUCCCAAGAAUGGCAGAGAGUGGGAAGCAAGGAGAGGAAGAUGAUGAACCUCACUGUGAAGGACGACGGGGAGUUCUGGAUGGCGUUUAGCGACUGGUGCAGGUAUUUCAUGGAUGCAGACGUGUGCCAUGUGAUCAGCACCGCACCAGAGGCCAUGGGGAAGACCAUGCACACAGGGAAGUGGACCAAGGACAGGGGGGCCAAGCUGAAUCGCAGCGGGGGAAACUUAAACAACGAGAAGACCUUCUUACAGAACCCGCAGUACCUCUUUGAUGUAGUGAGAGAGGAGGAAGAAGUUCUGAUUGACCUGAUUCAGCGAGACAUGAGAAUGCAGAAGGUGUUCGGGCAAGAGGAGAACCUGGCGAUUGGCUUCAGUGUCAUGAAGGUUGAAAAUCUCAGGGAGAGUCGAGUCAACACCCUGAAGACAGAGCGGAUCGUGGCUACGUCUGAGUACAUCCUUUCUCGCUCUGUUUUCAUGCGUGAAACCUUCCGCAAGGGGAGUUAUGUCGUCAUUCCCACAACGUUUUCCCCUGGGCAGCUGGGAGACUUCAUAAUCAGAAUCGUCACGGAGGAGGAUUCCGGCUGCAGGGAGCUGACAGAUUAAAAAGCCAGGAGAAAAUACCCCCCCCCCCAAAAAAAAAAAAAUCCAGGAGCUGGUUGGAGUAUCAGGAUCAGGAUCAGGAUUCCACAAGGAUAUAAUGUGUUACAUUUAUGAGGGAGUGUAUGAGUGUGUGUUCAAAUUAUCAGUUUGAAUACAUCACACUAGGACAUAUUCAUUUGAAACCAUUUGAAAUUUCAAAUUGAAAUCUAUGUCAUUUAGACAGACAGGUUUUUUAUUGUGAAAUUUUUAUGCUGUAUCAUGAACAUUUAACAAUCAGACAAGCAAAUCCGCUUCUUUCCGUGCCUUUACACUUGUAAAGAAAGUGCCCGAACGUGCCACUGCAGAUCUUUACACCAAUUAUGGGAAUGUUGUUUACGACUGAGUCUCUGCAAGGGUGUAGACUUGGGUACUGUUGGCAGAAACAUCUCACUACCAAUAUAGUGGAAGUGCCGUGAUUUUUUUUAAGGGGGGUGGGGGGGUCAGGGCUGAGCGUAGAAAGCAGUCAUAUGGUAACCCUCCGUAUGUUACAAAACAUUUUGUUUUGCAUGUUGAAACAUUUCACAGCUGACUGAAGUAGUACUUAUAAAGUAACUUGUAACACUAUAGAAUUAUUCUGGGGUGUGGAAUAGCACAAUAAUAUCAUAAUAUUGCCCUUACAUUUUCUGAAGUUCAUGAAAUUAUUUUGGGAAAAGGUAUGUUUUCAUAAGUGUUUUUAAUCAACACAAUCAUAGGCCAUAUGAUACUAGUACACUUAAGUUUUUUAAUCAUAAGUCUUAGUAGGAUAGAGCAUAUUUGUUUAGCAUAUUUACUCAAAUAAUCCAGUUCUUUCUGUCAUACUCUGUUCUGAAGCUUGUGGUUGUAUAUUAUCCACACAUAUCAUUGCCUUCUGCUGUUUCCCGGAGACCAUGCUUUCUGCACAUAAUUAAAUAACUUCAGCGGAGCUGCCGAUUGAAAGGUUUGCUUUAAUUCACCUUGGCGUUAAUGUCUAAUUGUUACAUGUUCUUGUCAAAUUGAAUUUUGAGGGAGAAAAUGGAGGGAAAAUUAUUUUAAUAAAUUGUCAUUUAAAUUA